AUGAACUCGAUAGAUUUAGCUCCCUAUGAGUUCCUUCUUUUUCACCCUGGCAAGGGGGAUCGUUCACCCUCAAAAUGUAUCUCGGUCUUGCGAUUGAGGGAAAUCGACAGAAUUCAAAACCGCCUCACAGGCCGUGCGGUGCUCUUCUACGCGGACUUUGUUAACGCACCCACCAUCUGGACCAUGCAAAGCGGCGAAAAGCUCGUUCGGGAUAUAUCAUACAAGAAGGCUAAAACUAUCACACACGUCGUCAGCGAUGGUCCUUUUACUGGUCUUUUCUAUCUGUCUAAGAAAGGGGUCGAAUUUCUACUCCAGGAGCAUGUGCCGGAUCGACCCUGGAAGUUGCGGUCAAAACCUCGCAAUUUCUCGGAUGACCUAAAUGCACUCAUGACUUCGUGUUAUGGUCAGCGAUCUAACAUUAAAAAAAAGAAGGACGUCGCACAGGGCUUUUUUAUCGUAUAUAACGCUCAGCUUAAAUACUUCGCCACCAAUGGUGCUCUUAUCUUAGCUGUGCUGGUGCGUGACACUCAAGAAGGAGGGCUACAUCUUUUGGUCGGCUGUCUUGCGCGUAAGCUAUGGCAGCGGUGGGACGUUGAGGAGGACUAUGGUGUGAAUUCUGGCAUUUACAUUGACCCAAAUGGUGAUACUGUGACGCUGCUCCGAUGUGCCAUUGGCGCACCAGUAGAAGUGAUGGAUGUCGAGAGGGCAGUGCCGACCACCUCAUUCUCCCUUACUGUAUUUGACCUGAUUGAACCAUCAAUUCGACGCAGAGAAGUUUCACAGUCGAACUCCAUUGCGUGUGCUUUUUACCACGAGGUCACUGUUAGUCUUACCGGUCAGCAUUCGCUCAAGCGGCGAACCUUUCAAAGCCUUGGCUUCAUUUUUCCACCUUCGGAAAGCGACGGUUGUCUUAAUUGUCCGGUGGCAGUUGAGUCGACCCCUAUUCCACUGUUUUCUUUCUUGAUGCGAGUCGGAAGUGAAUCUUUCAUCCUUCAGCUUACAUAUUCUUCAAAUGAGGAUGAGCUUGUGGCUGAAUGCCACACACUUCCUGGAGAACUUCAAAUUUCGAACCCUUUAGCGCUUUCUACGAUGCAAGUGAAUGGAGACUUACAGCAACCAGGUGGCUCUCGUGUGACAUUCAUUCUCACUAAAGAUUUAAAGCUAUUUGCCUUUGACGGAGUUAGUUCCGUUGAGGUACGGGUGGUUCUUGCUAGCGACACGACAAACGACAUCGAGUAUAUUGGGCAGCAAAUGGCAUCCAGACGGAAACUUCCUAAGCAUCAGAAGCAGUUACGUCAUUCAGAUUUCAAGGCUGGUAUACCGGCAGCCGCUGACGAGAUCAGGCUCUUACCUGUUGGGCUUCAUGAGCUGCUUUGUACAGAUGGCAGGAUUGCCGUAUUCCUUCACUUAACAGGCGUGAAUUUACAAAGUGCUAGCUUGAAUGAAAAAAUGGUGUGUAUCACUUCAGAUAUCUUAGAGCCUAAGAGCGGUGAUGAAAGUGUAUUGUGUGAGAAGGCCUUAGCGUUGCUUUCCGAUAUCCUUGCAUCAGAGCCUGUUACUCGUCGUGAAUUAGGUGAGAUUCUUCUCAGACGAAUUACACAGACCCUUCGACGAGCUUCUAAAAUGCAGAUAUACAUACCUUUAGUCCGACGCAUAUUCGUGCUGUUGCUGAGGCUUUUUUCGCCUGUCACCGACACAGAUUGGCAAGAUCUCUGGACGCUAACGCGGAUUUUGCAACACACCAUAGACAGGCGCAUCUGCACCAAUUCCAUUGCGUGUACGGAUCAGUUUUUUGUCAAUUUAAUAGAGCAAUACUACCCAAUCAACCUAAAUCCAAAGAUCGAACCACAUACAAGAAACCUCAAACUGGAUGAAAUUGUUUUAAGUCGUGUGAAACAUACCGAAGAGGAUGAACACAACUAUAAGGAGGACAUUUUUUCUACCGAAGCUUUGUUCUUUCUAGAUGGCCUUGCUAAACGUGUGCCAUUGCUAUCAUUUGCAGAAGAGGUGGUCCGGCGGUGUGUGGUUUUGGACACAUUUUCAUCUGGGUGCGUGCGUGCAGUACUUCCUAAGGAAGGCUGUGGGACGGUUAUACAUGCCAUGGGCGUAGUUCUUCUGUCCUCCAGUCUCAAUAUUCAUCUUUUUUUUGGUGUUGAUAACAAAAAUAAAUCAAUAACUUGGUCUGAUGAGCAAGUAGAGCCUUCGUGUAUUAGCGUUCCUGCGUAUCCAUUUGACGAUCCAAAGAAAGUCGAGUGCGCGUUUACCCUGGCAGUCGACCUAAUGUGCGUGCAAACUGCGAGCCUUCCUUAUUCUUUCCACAUUCCUAUCGUAGCGCUUACCGUAAGUCAACGCCGCCAUUGCUUAAUAUCUCUAUUAAAAUUAUUUUUGCCCCAAAUUUUGCAGAGUCUGCAUACCGAUUCUUUAUCCUUGUCUAAUAACACAGAAUGGCUUGAAACCUGCGCUACAACUUUAAAUGCAGAUCCCAUCGAGGUGGUUCGCACCUUUAUCCAGGCACCGAUGAAGGGGGUAGACCAGCGGAAUACUAGUACCGCGACAGCGCUUUUCUACGCAUUAUGUGGAACGGAGUUGCCCAAUAACCUUUCUCUUUUCUAUUACAUCCAGGAGUCUAUUUCGCAAGAAUUGUGUGUUGCAUCUAUUGUGGUACUGAUAUUCACUAUGACAGAAAAACUAGUCGAUGCACGCAAUAGCUACACUGCAUCUGUUAUGAAACACCUUUUGGAUAAGCAUGAAAAUGAUACGCGUGAAUCGGAGGGGUUUCUCGCUUGCAGAGAGCAUUUUUGUGCUGCAAUAGAGCACACGUUAGUGGCGUGGGUACAGGCUAGUGUAGUGUUGCCUUACACAGUUCAUGACAUCGCGGCUAGUUACCAGUCCUCUAUCUCCAUGUCGUUUAGCAGUAGUAUCUGCUUAGCAGAUAACAGGGGAACCGUAGUUUUGCGUACCCUUAUCCUGUGCUUCCGAAUUUUUGUUUUGGUUUACUAUUCACAAAUAUUGGAACAGCGCCUGGAAAAGACUGUCCUGCUAUGCAAACAGGAUGUCGAAUCCCACAGUGAUAUCAACGAGAGCCACCCAGCUGUCCAUGGCAGCCUAGGGGCUCUUUGCACUAUUUACACACUCAAACACAGUGGGCUGCCGGUUGAAAGGUCGCAAGAACAGCUUCUGGAGCUAAUAAAGGAGGCUUCAGAAAUCUGUGUGUCUGAUAAGCAUCCAAAAUCUGAGCCCUGGCGCUCUUUUUUCGCACAUGUGUUAUCCUUAUCUGGUAUCUCAGAUACUACCAUGGAGCCACUUAAGAAGAUCUACUUCACCCUGUUGGAUCGCCUGCAGAACGAGACAAAUAAACUUUCAAACCAUGAAGAGAUUGGGAACAGUAUCCGAAAUUGUAUCGAAAUAGCAAACUCCACGGUAUCCGCCUUGUCCCCCGAGAAUGGCGAUGAAAGUCAGGCUUUUUAUUUUAUUUUUUCUCAUUCUCGAGAUUCUAGCAUCCCCAGAUGGAUCAGGGAUCAAGGGUUGCCAGGACGUAAAUACAUGAUCUCAACAGACUGGACACAGCGAAUGUGGUCUAUCGAGGGGAAGGCAAAUGCUUCGAAGGAAGCCAUUGAGUUAUUAGUCUCAUCUAUAGAAGAGGGGUCUAAGAGGGCUGCACUACGCAUGAGCGAGAAAGAAUCUGAUGGUCUCUCAACAGUGCAAGCCAAGCCUCUCUUUGAAAAUAUCUUUCACAUUCUCCUGCCCACUCAAUCACGUGAGGAGACUGAGUGCCCCAUUCCACCGCGAGAGGUGCAAAACAGUUACUAUCUUCCAAAAGAAAGAACCCAUGAUGUAAAUGUAGAGGUAGGUAGCAUUGAUAAGGAGGUUACUGCAGUCAAAGCGCCCUCACGAGAAGAACCCUCAGUUGCAAGAAAUACUCCAGCAACGAUAUCCCCAGAGUCUAUCGUUGAAACCGCCAAGGCCGAGAAAAUCAGUUCUCGCACGCGAUCGCCUUCUUUGAUGCAUUCCCCGGCUGACUCAACACUCACAGCUUCCAACCGUCUCGCGUCACAGGACAUUACACAGCGUAGAAGUUUGUCACCAAGGCUUCCCAAAGGGUAUUAUGCCACCGCGGAUUCCAUGGAGGAGGAGCCAGCGCUCUCUGAUACGGCGACAACGCGCACAACCUCCACUAGUCAGUGCUUAACAGGCACUGAUGACUCGCAGAAGUCGAUAGAAAAGCCGCUGAGAUCCUACAAUGAAAGUAACUAUGAGGAAGGGAUAUUUGCUUCAAGCAGAGUAAAGUAUCACAAAAAGCGAUGCCAUCACCAUCAUCAUCAUUGUUCUUAUUGCUGCUGCAGAUGCAAUAGGUCUUGUGGGCAAUCAGAUUCUUGUAGAAUAAAACUUGGCAAGGGCGGUCAUGGAUGGAUUGGAGAGGAUCCAGCUGUUCGAAUAGAUAACACACUAACUCCAACGAAACUUCCGUUGUAUUCCCAUGAAUUUCACGGCGAUUUGCACUCAAACCAAACUGUUGUUCCGCACCAGCAGUCGAAUACUGCGUUAAGACCCCCACCAGAACCCCCAAGGAAGAGCCCCAUGGACGACUUUCAAACUCCAAUAUACCAGCGUAUCGGUACCAUCCCGUCUAAUGUCCGUCAGGAUGUGGCUCAAGACAGUAGUGGGGGUCCUUCUCUUCUUACUUUCUCGCAUCAUCAGGGUCAGCAGUCUCGUAGUCCGCGGGUUAAACUGUAUUCCAUUCAUCUUGGUGAUUCUGGAACCCAUAUGAAGGAAAUAAAGCAAACUACGGAAUGGAUGGGCACCACUGCUCCCUCGCCCUUUCUGAACAACGUAACGGCGCACACCGGUGUACAGUAUUUAGAGCCACCACCAAUUCCAUCCUCCUGUGUCUUUCAGAAACCGCCUCCAUUGUUGCAUUUGCGUGAGCAUGUGGCAAUUGGUGAGUCGGGAGCAGCCGCUGUGGCCGAGAACAACUUUCCUAACCAGUGUAUGAGCAGCAGUCCGUACAUUUCUACUUUUCCUGACGCCAACUUUUUUUUCGAUAAAAACAAAGCCGUGGUGAGCGCAUCGAGAUCGCCACAACAAUUGCAGCAGCUUCAACCUUCUCAGGAGCGCACGGAAAGAGCCCCAGAGCAACUCCUUACCUCUUUUCCAGAACUUAAUCUCUCGGCCCAAGUGUCCCGGGAACAGACGGUACCCAUGCCAAGAGAUGACGUUGAGCCAGUGCUUGUACAACCUGUUCUCAGCACAUCAAUUUCGGAACAUCAUAUCGGUAAUCCACAAUCCGACGCUAAAUCGUUUACUGUCCCGGACGUGAAGCAGUCAUUUCUGACUUCAGCUGAAAUGCAUGAAUUCAAGCGUUAUGUUGACAAUUUAGUAACAAAAAUAAGUCUUGCUCCAUCGGCACCCGUGCCUGGCGUUACUACGAACUUCACAGCAUCACCACUCGAAACGGGCGACUUUUCACGGGAAAAACAGCAGCAAGCUCUACCCGCCUGGGUUGACAACUCUUUGAGCCAACAAGCCGAAAAUAUUGUUUUAAAUCCCCAAAUCCCUAAGCCUCCUCAGUCCACUUCAGCACCCGAGCCUGUAGUGCACCCACCACCCUUGUUUUUUCCACAUGCGCAGAACGGUCUCGCUCCCUUGGAACAAGCCCAACUUGUUCAGGAAAGUGUCAGGCAAAAGAACGAGUUGCUAAAUCUGAAUCUAGAACUUUCAGAGAUAAGACUGCGUGCAGCCCGUAUUGGAGGGAGCUCCGCGUUUGAGCCUACAGUCAUCAAAGUGGAAAGUACGGAUAAUCUGUUGAGCUAUAACCGGGACCAACCCCUAUCACAGAUGCAGCCUUCUUGCGAUUCUACCAAAUCCCAACCAAUGUUAUCCGCUCAGAUCCAAACCCAGCCUUUGGCGACAAGCGAUGCCUCUGUGGGGGCUUCAUUGACACCGUUCCAUUUAAUGAGCACGAUGCCUUCUAGUGGUGUUACUACGGCCGUCCCAGAGGUGAGCAUCGCUAACACGAUUUCGGACCUAGAGGGUCUUAAUUCGAAAUUGCAGGCGAUCAACUGUUCCGCUGAGGCGAUGGAAAAGGCCCUCCACGACACACGGGAAACCAUUCGAAGCUAUGAGAAGCUAAAGGCUACGGAAGGUAUGAAGGUAGAGGAAAUCGCUCUGCUAAACUCGCUCCGCUGCAAGACAGCUGCUGCGGAAAGGCGACUAGCGGAGUUGCACCGUCUGCCCAUGGCGACCCAGGUGCAAUCAAGUCCUCUAGAGUUUCAGCCGCAGAGCCCUUUAAAGCUGUGUUCGGGUGGUUCUGCUGGUUUUGUUCUACCUGGGCAUGAUGGGGUCACAGAAAGUGAAAUCAAUGCACAACGGCAGAAUGGUGCCGAUCCCGCCGAAAGGCGGUUCAUAAGUUUCUCUACGUGUGAGACAGGACAUCCUGAAGAGGCAAAACGAGCAGAAAUAGAUUUAGCUAAACAACAACCAUCGGAUGUAACCGCGUCCGCGCUUUGUAACUCCAGCGCACCCGAUCCGCGAGCACUUCCCCUCCCUUCGUUUGAGAUGGAUCGGACAAGGCAACUCGCUCCGCAGCCUGCGCCAAUUUCCCCUUGGAAUCCGUACCAAACCUCAACUUUCGUUUCACCAACCACUCGUGAGUAUCUUACUGUUAAAGAAACUGUCUGGAAGGACGUCAAUGAAGGUGAACAUGCAACACGAGCUACCGUUUUAACUGACAGCAAGCAAAUAUCAUCGGUUAAUUCUCAGCGUGGAUUAUCUGUGUGCCAGGGCGCACCUUCUUAUAAAUCCUGCGUGGAGGCGGUGCCCGAAAGCAACGUAGCUCCUUCCUUUGUCGAGCUGACUGAUCUUCAUGAAGUUUAUCAAUCAGCUCCAAAGCGACCGUCCGAGCGUAUCCGACAUCAGCGGUGCCGUGCACCGUUGUAUCCUCAGCGUAGCUGUUCUGCUCUUGAGCGAAGGCGAAGAACGACAGCCUCUGGGGCUGCUACCCGCCAGUUGCGGUCACGUACCGCUACUAAGGAUCUGCCCGAUCGUUUUUACAUGUACCGUAGUCAAUCCAGCAUCCCGAAAACAAAUCAAAAGCCAUUAUCUAGAGCGAAAACGCAAAAAUAUGCGUCUCCUCUUGUGAGUUGUAGCAAAAGCGCGUUUGGUGAUUCUGUAAAUGUAGCCGUCUCGAAUGGUGUGUUGUCAUCAGAGGAUGGGGGUCAACUGAAAGUAAAUGUGGGCUCCACUUUUGUUGAGCGUCAGAGGCGCCGACGAAGUGAUAACAUUGAAAAGCGUAUCCACCAAUUGGAUCGCGAAUUUGCAUAA